CAGGAAUGGAUCAAACCGCUAUGCAAACCCCAACUUCCAUCCCUGUAUCUCUGCUCACAUGUGUUGACAGGGUGUCCAAAUGAAAGCCCUACAGUGGAUGGUGAAGGUCGCUUUGCUGCUUCUAAUCCUAGCUCCUGACAGCUGGGAGAUGGAGGUUGAGGACACAGCGAGAGAACCCAGGGGCCACGCCGCAUGCCAGUCCAAGCAGUCCCACAGUGAGGCUUCUGAUUUCAAAAGGCACGUCGAAGGAACGUUCACCAGCGACUACACCAGAUACCUGGACAAGAUCAAAGCAAAGGACUUCGUCCACUGGCUGAUCACCACAAACAGAGAGAGUGCCCAGAGGUUUGUUCGAGGAACCACGAAUUACGCCGCCUCCCCGCUGGGUUUAGCCUCGUCAAGGUUCGACACACAGUCCUUCAGGAACUGGAAAUCACACUUCUCUAGGACUUACUGGCACAGACUUCUGACAUCCCCACCUCUCUUUCCAACACGCACACACUAGUAGAGAAAGCUUUAUUGUGACGCUUAUCUAGAGCACCUAAU